UACAUUGUUAAUCGGUUGGAUUUAUACACUUAAAUUUAUAAUGAUUUCCAAAUAAUACCAUUUCUUUAUAAUUAACACAUUUCUUUCUAGUAAACUAUAGGUUUUCCCCACACUCUUCUUUGUUAAAAAGUAUUUAAGAACUUUCGUUUUGGGUCACGUGACCCAGGGAUAAUAAAGCACAUUUCCUUUUCUCAUCACGACUAUAAAGACGAAGAUGACUGCCCCGGCUGCCCCAGCAGUAAUUCAAAGAGCUGUUGUUAAACAGGUACCAAUGCCGGUUAAGAUUUUGAGAGUUGUUAGCCUCAGUAAUAUAUGACGUAAUAUGUGUGUUUUUAUGUAGGAAAUGUCAUUAGUUUGUUCCAGUAACUCUUCCAUAUUUCAGUCUUCGACAUAACCAACGUUUACGUCUACGUUACACAGUAACACACUAAUGACAAUGACUGACUUAACAUAGUUAUGUUUACUGCUACUACACUACAGAAUACAGCUAGGCAAUUUAUCCCACAAUCAGAUAGGCUUCUGGGUUUGCUAUUUUUGAACUAACAUCACUGCCUGUUCCCCGAAAUCAAUUCAAUUCUAAAUGUUGAUUUUAAUUUUAUUCAAUUUUCAAUUAAUUAAAUUAAUUAAUACAAUUAUAUGUCUGCCAAUAUAUAACUAAUAUUCAUUUUAAAAUUCAUUGUCAAUAUUAAAUAUUAUCAUUACUGACAAUAUUAGCCUAGACCCAGGGUCCUAUAAAUUUUUACUUCUCACUAACGCAACUGUCACUUACACUAAGAGUAAGAUUAGUAAGAAAUUAAAUUAACUUAAAAUUCUCUGAUAUGGUAGGCCUAAUUAACCUAUAUCACUGUGUCAGAGUCAUUGUGUACUGAGCUGGGCACUGGUAUCCGUAGGGAAUAGGGCUAAACCAAAAGUCAUAAGUCAUAAGCGUGUCUACAUUAAAUCAAUUUAUAAAUUCAGUUUUAUGUAGGCCUAGAUUAGCUUAGUUAUUUUAUUCUGGUUUAACAUAUAAUUUAAAUGAAUAAAACCAAAGGCAUGACAUGAGAGGCCUAAUAUUAAUAACAUUAAUUUACAUCAUUUCAUCUUUGUUAUCCAUCUUAUAAAACGAGAAGAAACCUGUCAUUCUUGGAUUAAUUAUUCUCGACUGAAUUUAAACUUUUGACAGCACUCUUAAAAUAAAAUCACAAUAUUAAAAUGGAUCCUCCCUACACUACGGAUUUUGUAUAUGGUUCUGAUUCCUUAAUCUGGUAGGCUUAAUUAAAAUUUAAUUCAUAUUGUCAUAGUCUUGUGCAUCAAUUUUAUAUCAGUUGUUAAUAAUUCAUUAUUAUAAAUAGGUCUUGUCAGGUGACACUGUUGUGUUACGUGGCCAGCCAAAGGGUGGACCCCCACCAGAAAGAACUGUUUGCCUCUCAAAUAUUACAGCACCAAAAUUAGCAAGAAGAGCGAAUCCAAAUGUUGAUACUUCCGUUGAAACAAAAGAUGAAGUAAGCACGAUUUUAUUUGUUAAAAUUCAACAUUUUUUUUUCACAUGAACAUAAACUUUACAGAAUGCAAUGACCUGUAUAUUAUUCAUUAUAAUUCUAAUCUUAAGGCAUUUUUUCUCUUCUCCAGCCUUGGGCUUGGGAAGCUCGUGAGUACCUGCGGAAAAAACUAGUUGGCAAAGAAGUUGUAUUUACUGUUGAAUACAAAGUUCCAGGAACUGGUAGAGAAUACGGAAUAAUUUAUCUUGGGAAAGGUACUGUUGUUCCAUUUGCUAUAAAAAUUUUCAGUUUGUACUGUUAGAAACAAAUUCAAUGAAUUUGUACCAAUUCUUAAAUUUUCUUUAAGCCAUUUUAUGAUAUUUUUGUUACUUUUAAAAUUUUAGAUACAUCUGGAGAGAAUAUUACUGAAUCCCUGAUUGCAGAAGGUCUAGUUGAUGUUAGGAAGACGGGUCUUAAAAGUGAUGAGUAAGUCUUAAAAUAAAAAAUAGCUGGCUAAGAUAUAUGGCUGGGGAAUAAAUACUUGUUGAAGUUGAAGGCUUGUUUUCAAAGGGCUGUGGGCUUUAAUCACUAGACCCCCCUGGGAUUGACACUCUUUCACCAAACAAUCCAUUGAUGGAAAUGUGCUCCAAUCCUUUUUGCUUUACUAUUGAUAAGUUAUCUCAAGGAAAAUGUGUAAAGUACAGGUAAAGCCUUUUCAUUUGGGCUCCUUAUGAAAUUUAUAACAUUGCUCUUAAUCAAACAAAAAAUUCAGACAGCCUAAGGUUUAAAUUACUUCACGAAAUGCUUAUUAAAAUUUGUAUUUAUACUGUUUUUGCUAUAAGAUAAGUAUUGUCAUACUUUAAUUAGUGAUAUAUUGAUAAACUGUAUAAUUUUUUUCCAUUUCUCGUCUUAUGAUUGAUCUAGUUGUCAAUUUUUAAAAUAAAAAGUCUUAGUAGAAAUAAUCUAUGUCAACCCAAGAUAAGUGAGAGUGAAAAAGUGGAGACUGAGGGUGAAGAAGUGGAGAAAGAGAGUGAAUAAUUGGAGACUAAAAUCUUUGCAUGUUGUCUCAUAGUUAUGUAGUAGAUUUCCUCUUUUGAUUCUUAUGCUGUUGCGAGAGCUUCCUCUGUUGUACAAAACAUACGUUGAGUUUUACGCUUUCCUAUUUCUUCCAUAUAUCUGCUUUUUAUCAAUGGAAAGCUGAUAACAGCAUUGCUUUUUUUUUCCUCAAGUCCAAACCAACAGAGACUGGCUCAGCUUGAAGAUGCUGCAAGAGCAGCAGGCAAAGGGAAACAUGCUGAAGGAGAGGCCAGCAAGCAUGUUCGUGACAUCAAGUGGACCAUCGACAACCCACGCCACUUUGUGGACUCACAUCACAAUAAGCCAAUAGAUGGUGAGCUUACAUUCAUUUAAAAUGAUUUGCAAAGCUUGAAAAAAAAAAAAGAAAAUUGUGUAUGAAUGUGCUCAGCCAAUAAUUUCAUGUCAUCUUAUCAUUGCGCUUUAUGUGUUCACAGCUGUCAUUGAACAUGUGAGAGAUGGUUGUACAGUGAGGGCAUUUUUGUUGCCAAGCUUUGAAUAUGUCACUGUUAUGCUUGCAGGCAUCAAGGUACGGCAUCCUUUAAAGAACUUAUUAGUCAAUUCAAUUAUGAAACCAAAAAAGAAAAAAAAAAGUAUAAUGCAAAGCUAUUAAAGCCAUGUACCGGUAUUGUCACUGAAAGUUCCACUAAACACCUGUCACUGAAACUUACACUAAAGACCUGUCCCUGAAAGUUCCACUAAACACCAGUCACUGAUACUGACACUAAACAACUGUCCUUAAAAGUUACACCAAACACCUGUCGCUGAACCUUAGACUUAUCACCCCACGCUUAUCUAACUUUAUGAAUUUCUGUUUGGUGGUUUUGUCAAAUAAAAUAUAUAUAUAUUUAUUCUUGUGAAAAAUAAGUACCAGCGAUUAAUUUUUUUUCCGUUAAACAAAUUUAAGUUGGGAUUAGUCUUUUCUUGAUAACAUUUUUAUGGCUAAGUAGUACACUUGGAGAUACUCACCCACUAAGGAGGUGUUCCAAAUGUUUCAAACAAUUACUGUAAAUAAUAAAACAGUUUUAUUUUACACAAAAAUAAAAAUAUUUUUAAAUGCUGUAAGAGUAUUUUGAUUAUGGGGUAUCUGCGUGUAUGAGCUCGGAAGUUUUAAAACUGUCUUUUGUACAUUAAUUCAAUAUAAUAUGUGUAUGCUGAUUGGUCUCCUCCCAGUGUCCAAUGAAUAAGCAGGAUACAGAUGGGAAGCAAGUACCUGAACCCUUUAUGGAAGAAGCCAAAUACUUUACGGAGUCGCGGCUGCUUCAAAAAGACGUCAAAAUCAUCUUGGAAGGGGUCUCAAAUCAAAAUCUGCUAGGUACAGUUCUUCAUCCAGUAAGUUCAGAGUUUUGUCUUGAUGUGUUUAAAAAUUGGCAGCCAUCGCUAACUAUUGUGUAGGCAGCCAUUGUUCACUAUUGUGUAGGCAACCAUUGUUAACUAUUGUGUAGGCAGCCAUUGUUAACUAUUGUGUAGGCAGCCAUUGUUAACUAUUGUGUAGGCAGCCAUUGUUAACUAUUGUGUAGGCAGCCAUCUAUUAUGUAUGCAGCCAUUGCUAGCCAUUAUUGUAUAAAAUGUACAAAACAUACUUCCAAAUUCCUCAGCUAUAAAGAAAAAGGGGGUUCAAAAUUUACCAAAAAUGUAUUUGAUAGGGCUUGCAAUUUUGUUCCAACUUACUAUACUUUGUACAAAUACAAUGACUCAAGUCACGAAAUAAGCAGACCUGUUUACUCUUACGAUUUUGGCGUACAAUAUACGAUUUUGAGGUGUAUAGAUUGUAUAUACUGUAUGUUUUUUUUUUACUAUGAAAAUAACGUAUUAAAUGACAUUGUGAUAAUAUUAUACGAUUUUAUGAGUUUGAGGGUAAACAGGUCUGAAUAAGUGAUUUUUUCAAAUACUCUUCUGUCCCUCUUUCUCUAUUCCUGAUCUGAAAAGGCUUGUACAUUUAUAUUUGCAGUAAUACUGAAACUGAUUUAUGAAAAGAAACACAUUUUUUUUUUUGUAGAAUGGCAAUAUCACAGAGUUUUUGUUGAAAGAAGGUUUUGCUCGUUGUGUAGACUGGUCGAUGGGAGUUGUUUCUCAAGGAGCUGAAAAACUUCGCGCUGCUGAAAAGUAGGUACACUUCGUGUAGCAUCAAAGUAGGUUACAAUGUGCUAAUAUUAAUGUUGAUAUUUUUUAGAGGUAUUAUUUCUGUGUUAGAGAAUCAGAUACAGGGUUCUUCCAAAUUUGUGCUUGCCCGUGGAUGACUUCCAUUUUUUCCUGUCGGGUUGAUUCCAAAAUCAUGUUUGCUCUAACCUCAAUUCCAGUUAGUUUUGUAGGAAUACUUUCAAUCUGAAUGAUUUCUUUCCUUUCAAUUCCCAGCAUUUUUUCCCCUAAAAAAUUAAACCAGUUUUUAAACCCAACUGGCUGACCUAGUAGUUUAAUAAAAGGGCAUCCAGUGAAAUAGGAUUAUAUCAGCAAAAAUUGGAUUACAUCAGCCAUAAUGGGAUUAUUUAUAUACGCCAUAUCUUAAUCAUUGCAUAAAUUAUAAACAAAUUUGGGUGAACUGCCCUUUCAUUUGAAAUUCUCCAUUUUAUUUCUGCAGAUCUGCCAAGGAUAAGAAGCUUAGGAUAUGGAAAGAUUACAAACCGUCAGAGUCAAGCAUAAACAUCAAAGACAAGUCAUUCUCUGGAAAGGUGAACAUUUUUACAGCUUAGUUAUAAUGUCAAAAAUGUCCCUUUUUUUUCUGGCAUCCAUCCAUCACAAUGGUGUAGACUUGUCACAAUGUGAUGAUGGUGUGGACUUGUCACAAUGUCAUGAUAGUGUAGACUUUGCAGGAUGAAAUCACAACCCCUGGGAUUUUUUUAUUUCGGAGGAUAAGAUGUUUCCCUAGACGGAAAAUCACAUCUCUCCACGCACCUGGAUAACCCAAGGGAACAUCAUGUGUGGAUGUUACAGCAUGGCAUCGGUGCCGUCGCAGGAACGGAAUUAUCAUAGUAACAAUGUCAUUCCCCGCCUACGGGACUCCAUCUCCGGGUUUGAAUUCAGAGUUUCCCUUCUCUUAGAUGAGUUGCCAUCCAAGGUUAACGAGUCCCAUCCACCCGGGGUGCUGGUGGUGUUUUUGCUCUCCUCAUCUUUUGCUGGGGAUUGAACUCCAGUCCACAAACUAUGGAUUGACUCUGUUAAGACCGCUCGACAAAAGUAUACAAACAAUAAUUUUAUGUGAUUGCUCAAAUGUUGCAGCUCACUUGGUAAUAAUAAUAAUAGUCAUGUUUGUACCAUAAAAAAUGAACACAUUUUGAAAAUGGCAUUUUACCACUUAUGAAUGUACCUGGAACUGGUUUAUAACCAAGUCUUUUCAAAAUGUUUUGUUACCAUUUAUGAAUGUACCGGAAAAUGGUUUAUAACCAAGUCUUUUCAAAAGUUACUCCCCUUUUUAGUUUUGCUAGGCAGCGUACUUUGUUUAACCUUUUUAUACUUUUUUCAAACUCUUUUUAUAUGUUCUUUACAUUGUCAAACCUUUUAGUCUCAUUUUAUACAUACUUUACAUUCUCAAAACUGGUAUUAAUUUGCCUAUACUAUAAAUUGUCUCAUUUAAUUUUAAACUGUGCAUUAUUUCUUUCAGGUUGUUGAAGUUGUCAAUGGAGAUGGUCUUGUAAUCAAAUUAGAAAACUCAUUUAAAAAAGUUUUCCUUGCAAGCAUUAGACCCCCACGGUAAGAACAAUUUGAAGCAGUUAUCUUACUUUUAAGCACUGGGUCUUAUGGUUUAUUUUUAGAACUCUUUUUAUGAAUUUUUCAAGAGAAAUGAAUAUUUUACUUGUAACAAAAUUGAUAUCCAUUGGGGGAAAAGUCCUAGCAGUCCUAUGGUGUCAAACUGAUUUUAUGAAUACCUCGGUACCUAAUUUUUUCUUAUUGUAACAUUUUUUUUUUUUACGGGUGACUAGUUUCAACAUGUUCAUGUUAUUACUUGCAUAAUAUGAUGCUCCAUUUCUUAUUAUUGGAACAAACUUGUAUGACAGAAAUAUAUGUAGAUGUCAUACUUUACUGAAACACCAAUGAUAAUAAUAAAUGCUGCAUAUUUCUAUGUUAUGAAUGCGUCCAUCUCCAAUGCAGUUUGUUUUAUUCUUAGCCCUGCAGAUGCAACAGGGGAUGGUCCGGUUAAAGAAACAACAAGCAAGAGAUCCAGACCCCUCUAUGAUAUUCCCUACAUGUUUGAGGCCAGGGAGUUUUUGAGGAAAAAACUGAUUGGGAAAAAGGUAUUUGGGAUUUUAAAUAAAUAUUUUCUCAUCAAUGGGUUCUCAAAGAGUGCGCUUGUGCUGCUAUGAAAUCUGAAAUUUUUUUUGCGAAUCAAAAUCUAGUUAAGAGGGUUACAAAUAUAAUUUUUUGUACAAGAAUGGAAAAAAAGUUAAAUUCAAAAUAAAAGUGUAAAGGCUCAGGCAAAGAUGGUUUGAUUCCACUGUCCUAAACAGUAUUUCAAAAGAUGCUAAGAAUUUUUGGAAACUAGUAUAGGACUGAUUUUUUCCUGGACAUAAAUCCAAGGUGUUGCUGAACUGUUGUGUUAUUUAUAAUUUUGCUCUAAGACAUUAUAAAGACUUAUCCCCAAAUCCUUGAGACGUGUUUUCUGAAAGUUGUUCUGCAUGACCUACAUGAAAGGUUAUACUAUGUAAAAAGAUUUUUAAAAUGUUUCCAUACCAGUUUAUUCAUUUCUUUGCAAAAGAUAUUGUGUUAACCAAGUACUAAACUGUUCAGGUGAAUGUAGAGGUUGAUUACAUUCAACCGCCAAACCAAGGUUACCCAGAGAAAACUUGCUGUACAGUCACCAUUGGUGGAAUGUAAGCAUUGCAUAUUUGUCAUUCGUUCUCUGUACACUUGCUCGUUAUCAUGUAUUCGACUUCAACAAAUUUAAAGCCUGGCACAAAAAUAAAAUAUCUCUCUUUAAUAUUGGGCUUUAAUAAACACACGCUUUACCCGUUGAGAUGAUUUUUUAAGAAGACAUCUCUUGGGUACAGAAAGCAACUUUAAAAAACAAAUUUAAUUCCCCGGUUUUUAUUUCAAGUAAUGUCGCUGAAGCCCUCAUCAGUAAAGGGCUGGCCACUGUGAUCAGAUACAGACAAGAUGACGACCAGAGGUCGUCCCACUAUGAUGAAUUGUUAGCUGCUGAAGCGAGGGCUGUGAAAAAAGGAGCUGGACUUCACAGUAAGAAAGAAGCGCCCAUCCACAGAGUCGCAGAUGUAUCAGGGGUAAGUCAUUUGGUUUUGGUCGGGUUGACCUGUUUGAAAGUUUAAUCAUCAUUAAAAACAAUUGUCCUUUGAAACAUCCAUUAACGGCAUUGGUCGGGAGCACCGAGUGCCACUUCAAUUUCAUUGUUCACUAUUUGUCAAAUAAAGACUGUUGACAUUAAAACGAAUCAGAAAAUUCGGUAUGAAAGAUACAAUUAUUGACAUUGUUUUUGUCCGAGCAGGAUGUAGCUAAAGCCAAACAGUUCCUACCAUUCUUACAAAGAGCUGGAAGAUCAGAAGCCGUUGUGGAGUUCAUUGCCAGUGGAUCAAGAUUAAGACUGUAUCUACCCAAAGAAACCUGCCUCAUCACUCUUCUCAUUUCUGGUCUGUUGGUUUUUUUUUUUUAAAGAGAAAGCUACACUUAGUCUAAACCUACACUGGUAGUCUAUUGCAGUAUUUUUCAUCAGUUUAUGUUAACUAGCUGUGCUAGCUUUAUUAGAUAGAAGUGCUUGACUCUAUAUUAUGUGCUCUUCCCCCCCCCCCCCCCCCCAANUCCAAACCAGGAAUUGAAUGUCCAAAAGGAGCUAGAACGUUACCUAACAACCAGAGCUUCCCUGCUGAGCCUUUUGGAGAAGAAGCUUUGCUCUUCACAAAAGAAAUGUGUUUACAACGAGAGGUAUGGAUAUUGUAUAAUCUGAAGAUAUAUGUUUUUUUAAAAAGCAAAUGACAUUUUAAAACAUAAUAAUUAGGUUAGUUUUAAAUUUUGACUAUUUUAAGGACACUCACUUGAUAGAACUUUUUAAUACAGGAAUUUUGAUACCUGGUUUAUUACAGUAGCUCAAUAAAUACAAAAAGUUAUGAAGUUUUAAAAUUUGAUAAAAAUCGAUACAAAACUGGCAAUUUUUUAUUUUGUCAAAUCGUCCAUUUUUGUGGAACCAUAACUACUAAACUAAUAAUCCUAGAAAUCCAAACUUGGUGUACUUGCUCAAAAGUUUACAUAUUUAAAGCCCAAUAUUUUUAAAGCAGCUAUAAACAUUAAUUCAAAAGUUAUUAAAAAAUAAAAAAUAACAAGAUUGCUUUUUAGUCGUUUUUAUUUUCCGACUGCAAAAGUGGGAAAAUACACAAUUUCAAAAAUUUGCUUAAAAAAUUGCAUUGUCUUACAUUUCAUUUAUACCAUUGUUUUUAUACUCAAUUUGAAAAGCAUUAUCAGCAAUUAUGUUUAUUUUGCUAGUCAUUACAAUGCCAGAUAAAGCUACAGGAUAUUAUAAACCCAAUUGACCUAUGCAUAAUAUAGGAGCCAGAAUGAUCAAUUCAUUGAUCAUUCUUUGAUCGUGGGCCCUUAAAAUAAAGAAGAAGAAGAAGAUAAUUUUAAGCAGCACAACAUGCACUAUGCCUUAAUAGCGUCAAGAAACAUUUAAAGGCACUAAAAUAAGUUUGAAAGUACCCACUUAACGAUUUUUUAUUUUUUUUUACAAAAGUAAGGUUUUAAAAAAUGUGUUUAGAAAAUACAUGUUAUCACAUAAUUGUGAUAAAGGCGAAGCAAUAUGAUGUCAGAUGUGUUAACUAUUAACUAAAAGACAAAUAACAAAAGUGAAUGCAGAGUAUCAUGAAAAAUAGAUGGCAAUUAAGCAUGAAUUUAAAUUAAAUAUUUGGGAAAUGCGCUGCCUAUCUACUGGGGGGUGACUGUCAGGGUAAGCUUCUGUAAGUAAUAUUUAAUAGCGUUGUUGGUCUUAUUCCCCUGUAGCUUGAAAAGUGCAUUAUCAAUAGCAAUCAUCAACUCUAGCCACAAUGUUUGACCAAGGGUCAUCACAGGUUUCUCCACUAUGGAAUAAACAAUUCAAUUCAGACCGUGCAGCAUACAAUAUUGUUUUAAGUACAGUAAAUCAUUAAUCAUUGGAUCUGGGAUUCCAUAAUUCUUAUUUUAAUGAAAGAAGUAUGUUUGAACUGUUUAAAUAGUGAUAGAAAUAUUUUUUUACCAGAAGUCAAAUCCAAGUCUCGGGACAGUUCUCUCUGUAGUAGCAUUGUCUUUGCUUUCUGACUGUACAGUGUCCUCCAAGGCCAAGGGCCAGCUUCCUUCACCGCCAUCAUUGAUAGUCACCAGUUAAUAGAUUCAAUAAUCAAAUGAAAAAAAAGAAUCAUUAUUAAACUAGUCACUAUUGUGUGGCAUCAAUAUUGCACAAAUGUUUUGUUAAAGUUAAUUAGGACAAUUUGAGAUUUCUAGGCAUUGGGUGAGUCCAUUUUAUUAGGCCUGAGAUAAACGUAAGGUAGUGGCGGUAGUGCUGGCGAGUCUAAGAUCAAAUAAUAUUGCAACAAUUCAAACUCAGAAGUAAGUUUCAUUGAAUUGAAAUACAUUUUGAACAACCUCAUUGUCAAAAAAAGCUUACAAAUUUUUAUUCAAUUAUCUUGUGUCAUAUAAUGUUUUAUUCACUUGACGCCUCCUACCACAGAUGAUAAUUUGCGUCGGUCCACCCACAUGCAGUCUUGCCGGCAUUCAUUUUUAUCUUCUUGAUCGGACAGAAACCCCCUAUAACAUCAACCAUAAUAACUUUUUAAAAUCGUAUCUUUAAAAUGGACCCAGACACGCACCCGUUCGCACCCGGGUACCAUUAUACUCCAGCGCUUCGAAUGUCAUUUGUGGUAGUUUAUUUUAGUUAAAAUGAAGAAGUAAGUUUACAAAUGUCAAGUCCAUUCAAUUAUCUUUCAUUUGAUACCUCAUUUUGUCUUACAAACCCAACAAUAAUAUUUUUAAUAGUUUUUUAAUCUUAACCUCACACUUCUGGUACCUGGCCUCGAAUAAUCGCAACCUUUAUAAAAUACAGUAACAGAUCAAACAUUAUCCUGUCUACAAUGAGUCAAUCAAUGUUUUUGAUCACUAACUCUCCUCAAUUAAAUACAUUUUGUCCAAUCAACAACAUGUCUCCCAGCCAAGUUCACAAUCAACACAAUGGUUCCACAUCCUUAAAAUUUAUCCAAUAUCUGACACAAUCUAUGUUUAACUCAUUUCUAACCAACAUUUUCAGUUACUAAUACAUUAUAUGAUAGUUUAAUUCUUUUACUUACUUGUUGAUUCAAGUCUCAAACAUGGCUAAAAAGCUCCAGCGCGCAUCAAGCGGCUAAUGCUAGCGGUGUGGAACUGAAAAUGGGUUUUUUAUUGUAAACAUCGCCGCUUCACGCCUAUCAUUUCCACUCAUUUGAUCUUAUGUAUUAAAUAGUAAAAAACCUCAGCUUGCCUAUGGUGUAAAGAAAGUACUAAUAUCUGUGUGUUUACUCCCAUCUUUCUUUUACGAAAGUUUUCAACCGGCUUUUUCAAAAUGAAAUAAGCAAGGUAGAUAUACUUUCUAUAUAUCAAACAAAAGCCCAAGAUCCUUACUUUCAAGUGGUAGAAAAAUUAUGCUUCUCAGUUGAUUAGGUGCGGAGUGCUAGAUAACACGAGUCAAAACAAAAAUUUACAAACAAGUUUUGAAAGCCGCUGGCGAAAUGGACCCCCCCCGCCCCCGCCGACUUUUCAUAAUUAUAAAACAUUCUCAUAAUACAUUUAAUUAACAUAAAAAUUGCAUAUUCUGUUAGAUAAGAGUUAAACUUUAAUCUCAUAUUAAUUUUAUUUGUGUAGAAUUAGUACAAGUGAGUCAAAUAUCCAUCUCAAAAACAAUAAAAAUAGGGAAAAAGGCUGAUUUUCCCGGUUUGUUUAUUUAUUUAUUUAGGCAUUUUUUAUAUAGCGCUUACCUUAAAGCUCUAAGCGCUUUACAAUUAUUAAAAACAUGUAAACUAAGUAAAAUAAAAAUGAGACACUAGGAUAGUAACUACUAUACUAUAGAUAUUAUGUUGAACUAACAAUAAUAAUUAAUAAAUAAUGUCAAAAAAUUGUCAGGAUUCAAUUAUUGUCCCAGAUUAACAAUGUAUCUACAUAAAGGAAAAUGUGUACAUUAGUUAGAAGCAUUAUAAUUAGUAAUGUAGUAGAAAUCAAGUUUUAAAAAAAUAAUUUUAUUCAUCUUUUUUUUUGCUAUUAAGAAUUAUUUAAAAGGUGUGGUGGAUUUGAUUCAUUUUUAACAUUUAAGUUUUAAAAUAUCACUCCUACCAUAAACAGAGUAUCGAAUUUUUGGGUGAGUAAAAUAUUUGUAAAAAAAUUAAAUCAGGGUUGAUAUUGUUAAAGGUCUUCAUGUCAGAAGGGAUUACAGGUAUUUUUAUAUCGAAGGAUGUUGGGCUAAAAUAACGUUGGUAUAGUUUUCAUUGUGGUUUUUGUUUCGUUUGUCUUCAGUGAUCUUGGAACUGAAUAAUAUCACAUGCAUUUUGAUUAUAAUAAUAUUUUAUUUAAGCCAUUAGUUGGAGAGCCAUUUUUAAAAGUUAAUUUUAGUUCCACGUUGGGUUUGAGAGUAAUGUGUGGUUUAUUGAUGGUUAUAUUUUUCUUCAAAAGUUGUGCAAGAGAAAUGAAUUUUCCCUUUUUUUAAAAUGAUUAUUUAAAAAUUUUGUGCAUACCGGUACCAUUAAAUUAAAGCUUUACUUUAUAUUUUUGUCUAGGUGGAAGUUGAAGUUGAGGGCAUCGACAAAGGUGGCAACUUUAUUGGUUGGCUGUUUGUUGAUGGGACCAACCUGUCUGUCGCUUUGGUAGAGGCUGGUCUCGCAAAGGUCCAUUUCACAGCAGAGAAGAGCUCUUUCUACAAAACUCUACUAGAGAAGGAAGCUAAAGCCAAGCUGGACAAGUUUAAGGUAUGUACAGACAAUCAUCUUAGGAUGCCCGCUGGUCCUUUUUGUUUGCAUUAACUCUCCACUCACCAUGAUGACUGAUCCCUAAGCUUAUGGAGCUCUGUUGCUCUCGUGAGGACAUUUUCCAACGCUUUGUCUGAGUGAAUUUUUAAAAAUAAUAACUGUCUUUUAAAAAUUUUAUUUGUCGAGUAUGGUAUUCGUUUUGAUAUUUUUGCACGACAGCAAAAAAAACGUUUGGCUCUCCGGCCAGUUGAGUUGUUUUAAUCAAUAUUUUCCAACAUGAUAUUUCAAGGAGUCGUAACUUUCUAAACAGAUUUGGGCUAAUUACGUGGAGGAGAAGGAGAUCAAAGUAGAAGAGGAGCCGGUUGAGAGGAAGGUCAGUUACAGCCGCGUGAUUGUUACAGAGGUCACGGACUCAUUGACAUUCUUUGCUCAGAAUGUUGAUAAUGGUAAGCUUCUGUGGUUCCUUGAGAAAAGGGAGUAGAAGUUAACUCUUUGCAGCUCAUGGGUUUUUGUUCUUUUUUAAAAAUAUUUUUUAGGUCAUCUCACAUAAUGGGAUACCAUAAAAAGUUUAGCUAAUUAAUACCCAUCAUGUUUUGUGUUCAAUUGUUCAGAAAUGGAUGGAGAUUCAUAUUUUGUAAAUUGUGCUUGAAAAGGAUUGUGUUUUCUUACAAUCAUGUUUAAAGUGAUAAAAAAAUGAUUUUACAUAUUAACAUUUUUUCUUAACACAAACAACAUACUAUAGGAAGUAAAAAAAAGCAAAAAUAGUUUAAAAUUUAUUGUUUUUUAAUUCCGCAAUCAAAUAUACAAAAUCCAAAAUAAUAAUUUUACAAAUACAAACUGUUGGGUUUUUGAAAAUAAUUUUUGUGUGAAAUAUGCGUAAAUAGUGUUUUUAAUAAUAAUAAUAAUGAUAAUAAAGUUAAUUUGAAAAUCAUGCUUCAUCCCCAAAGGCUCGAAGCGCGGUACAUAGUCUAGUAUAUUAAAAGAGAAAUCAAACAAUCUAUAACAUACCACAUUGAAAUACAAAAUGCAACAUUGCAAAAAAUAUACGAGAAUACCCAUGCUAAGUCUUACAUACCUAACAACCAUAAACAACACAGGCCAAUACACAUCCACAAGAUAAUAGCUAGAUCGACUACAUCAUCCCAGAAGAUGUUUGCGAAAUAGAUAUGUCUUCAAAUCAGUUUUGAAAGACUCCAUUUUUGUGGUUAAAUUUUGACAAGUGACCCAAUUAUGCAAAAUUAUUCAAAUACAAAGUUUAAAACCUAUUUUAUUUAUAUUUAAAAGUUUAUAUUUAAUACAAGUACAUUUAAAAAUAUAUUAUAACAAAUAAUUUGAAUAAUUUUGUUUUUAAAUUAUUGAAAUUUAAAUAGAUAAUAAAUAAAUAGAAAAAUAAUAAUAAUAAAGUUAGGGCUUACAUAACUAAAUCAGGCCUAAACAUAUACAAAACAGUCUGAGUCUUUUGAGCCUAAGGGAUGUUCUAACAAUCAACAAUUAUUUCAAUUAGAUCGAAAUUUUUACCACAUUUCAAACAAUUAAUUACCAUUACAGUCUCACACUCUUUCUUUUCGAGACAGUAACACCGCAGCAUAGAAUUAGUCUCACGUCCAUAAAUAAAGAAAAUCUAAUAAAAUGUUCUGUGGGUGGUAAUUUCUUCCAGUUAGUGUAGAGCUACUUUUUUUUCUUCUCAUGCGGUUGGCAUUAGAAUUGGCGUAGUCACAAAUUUUCAACAUGACAGCAAAAGAGUGAAGAAAUUUCCUGUGGACGAUAAUUAGUUCAUUUGUAAAUUGCAGGUUAGCAUGACAUAAAAGCAGGAUUUUAUUGAUAUAACACAGAUCUACCAAUAUAAUAACAGCUUUAAUAAUAUAAAUUAUUAUAUAAAAAGAGAAUAACUUAUAUUAUAAGAAAAGUGAUAUUUUAAAAAAAAAAUAAUUAUCAAGCAUAAAAUCUAAAUCUUAGUAUUUUAGGCCUAUGCCUAUAGCCUAUUCAUUAGUACUGCAAUUAUAAGAUCAAAUAUUCCUUAGGGUAAUAAGGGGAGAGACUGCAAUCAGGUCAGCACAAUAUAAAAUGAGUAAAACAGAGUAGCGUCAUUUCUAGUUGUCUUUUUUUUCAAAGCAGCUAGCUCGAAUCGGUUCUCGACAAGAAAACAAAAUGGACGAUGUAAACUUGUCUCGGUCGCAUUUGUAUAAUAAUAAUUUACCUUAAUUUUUAUAAAUUACAACCAUUUUACUAUAACACUAAUUUUAUUUAACUAAAUAAAUGAUAAAUAUUACAACAAAUAAUAUUUUUUUUAAGUAAGCUCCUCCCCUUUCCUAUUGGCGAAAAAGCCGGAUUUCUCCAUGUUUGGGCCGUACAGAGUUAAAAAAUAUAUACAAGCAUUUUGAACAAAGGAUGCAUCUAACAGUUAAGCAUUCCAAUAAAUAAGUUUGAGAUUUUUCUAUACAAUUUCUUAUUCCUCCCUGCUAAACAGGAGCAACACUAGAAAAAUUGAUGGAAGAUUUGAGACAAGAAAUGGAAUCGAACCCACCACUCCCUGGAGCAUAUACUGCGCGAAAAGGGGAAGUAUGUGCCGCUCGCUUCUCACAGGACAACCAGUGGUACAGAGCCAAAAUAGAGAAAAUUGAAGGCAGCACCGCUUCAGUUCUUUUUGUUGAUUAUGGCAAUGUAAGUGGUGAAACAUAGCAUGUUUUAAAAAAAAAAUAUCGAUUUGAAACCUUUGGGUUUUUGUGAUGAAUGUUUAAUAUUUUCUAUUGUAACAUUUCUACGACUUCCAAGUUGCUUAUUUCAGUUAUUAGGAGUAUACAACCGUAAUAUAGCCUUUCAUUUGCUUAUUUCAGUUAUUAGGAGUAUACAACCCUAAUAUAGCCUUUCAUUUGCUUAUUUCAGUUAUUAGGAGUAUACAACCGUAAUAUACCCUUUCAUUUGCUUAUUUCAGUUAUUAGGAGUAUACAACCAUAAUAUACCCUUUCAUUUGCUUAUUUCAGUUAUUAGGAGUAUACAAUCCUAAUAUAGCCUUUCAUUUUCCUCCAGAGAGAAAAAACACCUGUGUCCGGUUUAUGUUCACUGCCAGCCAACUUCAAGACUUUACCUCCUCAAGCUACUGAGUACACUCUGGCCUGUGUGGCGGUACCCAGUGAUGUAAGUUUGUAAAAAAAAAUUUCCUUAUUGAAAAUCUGUCUUGUUGGUAUUAUCCUUUCAACUUCAAUAAUGAUCUUUCAGUUUUAAAUAUUCAAUAUACAGGGCUCAUUAAAAAAUGUCUAUAAUUGAUUCCCCCUUAUUUCUCGCCACUUAUAAAAGGCUAUUGAAAAAACUUUGUUUUUAUUCAUACUGAUUCUUCUUUUCAAUGUAGGAAGAAGCAAAGCAAGAUGCCGUUGAUGCUCUAUGCCAUGACAUCAUCAACCAGACGAUGCUUCUUAAUGUUGAGUACCGCGGAGGAAGCGGAAGCCCUGACUUCGUGUCGCUGAAGCACGCUGAAACAGAAGACGAUGUUGUAACGGGGCUUGUGACAGAGGGCUACUUGACGGUGGAAGCUCGUAAAGAAAAGAGGCUGGCAAAGAUUGUCUCCGAGUAUCAGAAAGCACAAGAAGAGGCCAAGAGACUGAGGGUGAGUGGGAAAUUAAAAUGUUCACCAAAAACAAAAGUGUAGUCACUAAGACAUUCAUAAUGAUUUGGACCUGGUAUCGUAAUGAUUUGGAUCUGGUAUCAUAAUGAUUUGGACCUGGUAUCAUAAUGAUUUGGACUUGGUACUCAACUAAAUCAAAAUAUAUUUCUUGCUGGAAUGUCUUUUUUCAUUCAAUUUGUUAAAAUGUCAUCCUAAUUUGCAACAUUAACAGCAAAUAAUCUAUUCUAUGAUCUCAUCUACAGAAAAACCUGUGGCGCUAUGGAGAUUUCAGAGAAGAUGAGGCCAGAGAGUUUGGGUACACCCGUUAAUGAGGGCAAAAAGCUAUGCUAACACGAGUUCAAACUAGUUUUCUAAUAGUCCCCUAAUUUUACAGUUCAGUGUGCAUUAUUUUUUAGUGAUAAAAUACUUUUUUCUUACAAUUUCUGUAACUUGAAGAACUGCAAAUUUUUCUGUAAAGUGUAAAAUUUAUUUGAGGUACCGGUACCGGUUUUAAACUACUGCAAGAUUAUACAUUUUUUAAUAGAUCAAUGGUUGGCAAUCAAUAGAUGCAGCUUAUUUAUUUUUUUUACUAUUCUAUAAUGAGAAGCUGCUUCCAAACUGUUCUUAUAGCAGACACAUAAUUUAUAAAAAAUGGUUCCUCACACAAAAAGUGUGCUGGUCUAGAUGAUUUUAUAUGCAACUUAUGUUAGAAGCAUACGUUCAAUAUUGAACGUUUUAAUCACAAAAGGCCUAUUUUUAGUGAAUCCUUCCUAAAAAAAAUUAAUAGGUACACUGAGCUUAAAUGUUACGUGGACUGAUGUCUCCUACACAAGUACUCGCUAGGCAUUAUACAUUGAAUUAUUUCUUUUACUAUGAGAGAAUGUUACUAUAUAUAUACAUUUAAUAUUCCUUUUUUUUUUCUUUCCACAAAUGCAGUCAGAAAAUGUAUGUAUUUAUUAAUGAUUCAUGUAUUUAUAUAUCUCAAAAUGUUCUUUUGAACGAGAUUCACGCAUGGAUCUGUAAGGCCGCAUUUUACACUUUUUAAUUCAAAGAGAUGUGUUCAUGGUGACAUUGCGUGUGAGUUAAGUCUGAUGCAGGGUGGAUUUAGGACCUUUGAGUUGAACCAAAGGCAAAAGUUAAGUUAGCAUUAACCAAAGCAAUGUUGGUAAUAUUUGGUUAAUCUAUUGCAACAAUGUGUCAUUAGAAUUCAUCUCCAUGUUGGUAUAUCUGAAACAGGUUGAAUUAGUAGGACAUGAACAAAUCAAAGGAGACCCUUCUGUUUCAUUAAACUUAACUUUAAAUUUGAUUGAAAUCUUUUCUGGAUCUCCCUUAAUCUCUAAAGUGUUUGCAGUAACCUUGUCCAAUCUUACUUAUCUUGUUUUCUGACUGUAUUCUUGCUCCAGGUGGUAAUGGGAAUCAAAAGAGAUUGGCACAGCAGAUGUGUUUUAUGACUGUUACCUCUUCCUCAUCAAAUUAUUUUAUCAUUGGCAUGAUUGUGUAAACUGAGAUUGACUCUACUUUUGAAUAUUACACCCAAAAAACAUUUAAAAAUUGUGUACUGCAUUUAAACUACUGGUUGAAAAAAGUAAUCUUUAAUUUUUAUUUCAUUACCAUGAUGACCAAUGAGAUAUUGACAAUUUUUAGCAUUAAAAGCAUUUAGCUGACUGGACAUUUGACUGGAUCAAAAUAUGACUGUUUUGCCAAAUAAACUGUUUGUGCUAAAACUAAAAUAAAGUUGCUUUGUU